AUGGCGAGUCUCAAUUUUCCCUACUCGAGCGCGCCUCUGCGCACCGUCGAGGAGAUCCAAUUUGGCCUGUUCUCGGCCAAAGAAACCGAACGCCUGGCGGUCAUCGACAUCGAAUAUCCUGAGACGAUGGAUGAGCAACGCCUCAGACCUCGCGAAAAAGGUCCGAACGAUCCUCAUCUCGGAACAAUCGAUCGCAACUUCAGAUGCAGUACUUGUGAAGAGAACAUGGCUGAGUGUCCUGGCCACUUCGGUGCCAUCAAGCUUGCUACUCCAGUAUAUCAUUAUGGCUUCAUGACAAAGGUCAAGAAGAUUCUGGAGACGGUCUGCCACAACUGUGGCAAAAUCAAGGCACUUGAUACUGAAGAGUUUCGACAUGCAGUUUCUCUACGUGAUCGAAAGCGACGUUUCGAUGCAGUGUGGCGGUUGAGCAAACCUCGCCUCAUCUGCGAAGCAGACCCUCCCGAAGAACCGGAUCAACCUCUCAAAGGUGCCCUCCAACCCAAGCAUGGCGGCUGCGGUAACAAGCAGCCAGAGAUACGGAGACAGGGACUGUCAUUGUGGGCUUCAUGGAAACAAGAGAAAAGCGAGGACGGUGAAGAUAACACACCUGAAAAGAAACGAAUCUUCCCCCAGGAUGCCCUCAACACUUUCCGCACUCUGACUGACGAAACUCUGGAAAUGAUGGGUCUCAGUCUCGAUUACGCCCGGCCAGAGUGGAUGAUCUUGUCUGCGCUCCCUGUUCCUCCUCCACCUGUGCGUCCCAGCAUCAGUGUGGAUGGCAGCGGGCAAGGAUCACGUGGUGAAGAUGAUCUUACCUUCAAGCUCGGCGAUAUUAUUCGAGCCAACCAAGCGGUUCUGCGUACUGAGGUUGACGGCACACCAGACCAUAUCAAAGUGGAUCUGUGCGAUCUCUUGCAGUAUCACAUCGCCACGUAUAUGGACAACGAGAUUGCUGGGCUGGAGAAGGCGCAACACAAGAGUGGCCGGCCGAUCAAGUCACUCCGUGCUCGUCUCAAGGGCAAAGAAGGUCGACUGCGUCAGAACCUCAUGGGUAAACGUGUCGACUUUUCGGCUCGUACUGUCAUCACUGGCGACCCAAAUCUGUCUCUUGAUGAAGUCGGCGUUCCUCGCAGCAUCGCACGUACACUGACAUUCCCUGAGACUGUCACACCGUUCAAUCUUGACAAGUUGAAGCGGCUUGUGGCAAAUGGUCCAAACGAGCAUCCUGGUGCCCGAUAUGUGAUUCGAGACACUGGUGAACGUAUCGAUCUGCGACAUCACAAACGUGCUGGAGAGAUGACUCUGCAGUAUGGCUGGAAAGUCGAAAGACACAUUCAAGACGGCGAUGUUAUCCUUUUCAACCGUCAGCCUUCCCUGCACAAGGAAUCUAUGAUGGGUCACCGCGUCCGCGUGAUGCCUUACUCGACGUUUCGACUCAACCUCUCAGUUACAACACCGUACAACGCAGACUUCGACGGAGACGAAAUGAACUUACACGUUCCUCAGAGUGAGGAGUCCAGAGCUGAGCUCGCCAAUCUUUGCAUGGUUCCCCUCAACAUUGUCUCCCCGCAGCGCAAUGGUCCCUUGAUGGGCAUUGUCCAGGACACACUUUGCGGCAUCUACAAGAUCUGUCGUCGUGACAUCUUCUUGAGUCGAGAGGCAGUCAUGGAUAUCAUGCUCUGGGUUCCAGAUUGGGAUGGGGUGAUUCCUCAGCCUGCUAUCAUUAAGCCUACUCCUCGCUGGACAGGAAAGCAGAUGAUCAGUAUGAUACUCCCAAAAGCUCUGAACCUCGAACGACUGGACGCCAAGGACAACGCGUACUCGCCCGUAAAUGACGCUGGUCUCAUGGUUCUGGAAGGCAACUUGAUGUUCGGCUUGUUCAGCAAGAAGUUCGUCGGCACUAGUGCUGGCGGUAUCAUCCACACGAUUUACAACGAAUUUGGGCACGAAGCAGCCAUGGCUUUCUUCAACGGUGCUCAAACCGUGGUGAAUUAUUGGCUUCUUCACAACGGCUUCAGUAUCGGCAUUGGUGACACAGUGCCCGAUCCUGAGACUGUCCGUCUGAUCCAGAAGGCCGUCGACGAUAGAAAGGCAGACGUUGACCAGCUCACAAUUGCUGCGUACAAAGAAGAUCUCGAACCCGCUCCUGGUAUGAACGUCCGUCAGACCUUCGAAAGCAAAGUCAUGAACUUCCUCAAUCAAGCCCGUGAUCAGGCUGGUACCGCGACCGAAAACAGCUUGAAAGAUCUAAACAACGCCAUUACCAUGGCUCGCGCUGGCUCGAAAGGUUCCACUAUCAACAUUGCCCAGAUGACUGCCAUUGUAGGCCAACAAGCCGUCGAAGGCAAACGUAUUCCGUUCGGCUUCAAGUACCGCACUCUGCCGCAUUUUGCGAAGGAUGAUUAUUCGGCGCCCUCUCGAGGUUUCGUCGAGAAUUCAUAUCUUCGAGGUUUGACUCCCACAGAGUUCUUCUUCCACGCCAUGGCUGGUCGUGAGGGUUUGAUCGACACCGCUGUCAAAACCGCCGAGACUGGCUACAUUCAACGUCGUCUGGUCAAGGCACUGGAAGAGGUGACUGUCAGAUACGAUUCGACUGUGCGAGAUUCGCGCGGCAAUGUUGUCCAAUUCAUCUACGGAGAAGACGGCCUUGAUGGUGGCCACAUUGAGAACCAGAAGGUUGACAUUAUCACAAUGUCAGACAAGGCUUUCAACCAGCGAUAUGCUGUUGAUCUCAUGAGUGGCGACGUCUCCAUGUGGAGAGGCAAACUGCUGCAGGCCAGAGAGCUGCAGGGCGAUACUGAGUUGCAAGAGAUGUUCGACGAGGAGCUCGAAGCUCUUCGGGAGGGUCGAGAUUUCCUUAGAAAGAUGGGCAAGGGAACCGAGGACUCCAUGCAGCUGCCCAUGAACGUUGCACGCAUCAUCGAUCAGGCGCAGAAAAACUUCAAGAUCCGUCGUGGCGACAAGACCGACCUUGACCCUCGACACGCGCUUACCUCUGUCAAUCAGUUGAUGGAGCGCCUCACAGUGGUACGUGGAGAUGACCCCAUCUCCAAGGAGGCACAGUUCAAUGCCACGCUGCUCAUCAAAGCACAGCUGCGUUCGCGUCUCGCGUACAAGCGGCUUGUUCUUGAGCACGGUCUCAACCGACUGGCAUUUGACAAUAUCAUUGGUGGUGUCGAGAGUCGCUUCAUCGCCGCGCAUGCAAACCCUGGCGAAAUGGUCGGUGUCUUGGCUGCACAAUCUAUUGGUGAACCUGCCACCCAGAUGACCUUGAACACGUUCCAUUUCACUGGUGUGUCAGCUAAGAACGUUACCCUUGGUGUCCCUCGUCUGAAGGAGAUUCUGAACGUGUCACAAAACAUUCGUACUCCUUCGAUGACGGUUUACCAGCUUCCCGAAUAUACUGGUGACAAAGAAGCGGCCAAGCUGCUGCGAAGUCGGGUACAGCAUACCAAUCUGCGGUCCGUUGCAGAGACAUGUGAGUUAUGGUACGAUCCGGACAUUCAGAGUACAAUCAUCCCAGAGGAUUUGGACAUGGUCGAAUCAUACUUCAUCAUUCCCGAGGACACUGAUACAGAUCUGUCUCUCCACUCGAAAUGGCUACUGCGUAUCACACUCAGCCGCGCCAAGCUUUUGGACAAAGGUCUCAACAUUCAAGAUGUUGCUGGAAAGGUCAAGUCAACCUAUGGCAAGGAUCUUUCUGUCAUUUUCAGCGAUAUCAAUGCCGACGAGCAAGUCAUUCGCGUCCGUCUUGUCCAGAGCUAUGGCAAAGACGAGGAAGAAGAAAGAAAAGAGGAUGACGAGAUUCUUCGUCGCUUCCUGAACGAAAUGCUUGAUCAUCUGACUUUCCACGGUGUUCCUGGAGUGUCUAGGGCCUUCAUCGAUCAGAAGAGUCGCGCUAUCAUCGACAAGGACAACUCGGUCUACAUGGCAAGAGGUGACGAGCGCUGUAGCGAGUAUGUGCUCGAGACCAGCGGUAGUUCCUUCGCGAAAGUCCUUGCGAUCGAAGGAGUUGACACAAGUCGCACCUACACGAACCGCUUUACUGAAGUCUUUGAAGUGCUUGGUGUCGAGGCCACGCGCUCUGCGAUUCUUCGCGAGUUGACACAAGUGUUGUCGUUCGACGGUUCUUAUGUCAAUGCUCGUCAUUUGGGCAUUCUCACCGACGUGAUGACCGGUCGUGGUUAUGUCAUGGCUGUCACUCGUCAUGGUAUCAACAAAUCCGACACUGGUGCUUUGAUGAGGUGCUCUUUCGAACAGACAGUGGAGAUCUUGCUGGAAGCCGCAGCUGCUGGUGAGCUUGAUGACUGCCGUGGUGUUUCGGAGAACUUGAUUCUGGGUCAACCGGCGCCUGUCGGAACUGGAACUAUGGAUAUUCUGCUCGACCAAAACAUGCUCUCCACGGUCGUCACGGACAAUGCCAAUCUCGGCCUUGGUGGAGCCAUUGGUGUUAAGGGCGCUCAGCAAUUGCUUGAAGGAGGUGCCACUCCUUACGACAUGGGUUCGCCGAUGCAAGACAACGCAUAUCUCGGCUCACCUGAUUACGGUGCAUCUUUCUCACCCAUUGCCGCGUCCGGCUCCGAGACUCCAGGCGGGUUUACUGAUUAUCAACCUGGCUUUGGUGGUGCUGGAGGUUUCAGUCCUUAUGGGUCACGCAGUCCCGGAGGUUACUCACCUGCAAGUCCUUUUGGUGGUACCAGCCCCGCCUCGCCGUCCUUCUCGCCUGCAGUCGGGUAUUCUCCAACAUCACCGAUGUUCGGCGCGACAAGUCCUGGUUUUGGCCCGACGUCACCGUCCUUCUCCCCUGCCAGUCCAGCGUUUACGCCUACAUCGCCUGCGUAUUCGCCCACAUCUCCCGGUUAUCAAGCGUCGCCAACCUCUCCGAGCUACUCUCCUACGUCGCCCAAUUACUCUCCGACGUCGCCCGCGUACGGAUCGCCGACUUCGCCCAGCUAUUCACCAACUUCACCAGCGUUCAGUCCAACCUCACCCACUUCACCAACUUCUCCUGUGUACAGUCCGACGUCACCCAUGUAUAGCCCAACAAGUCCAAUGUAUGGCGGUGCUGGCAACAAGCAGUCGCCAACAUCACCAAGCUAUUCGCCGACGUCACCGACUUACAGUCCCACGAGUCCAACAUCGCCUACCAGCCCGCAGUACUCGCCCACAAGUCCGAUGUACAACGCUUCUCCGCGAAGUCCGCAGGCUCGACCAGGGGCCAUCACCAGCCCGCAAUACUCUCCAAACAGUCCACAAUAUUCACCAACUUCACCAAAAGAGGAUUAG